AUGCCUCAUAGCACCAGCACCGGCUCAUUCUUCACCAUCGCUAACAUCCCCCCCGGCACCCUCGUGCCGGGAUACUACCAAGGCCCGCCUCAAAACACAGCGUUUCAGCUGCAGGUGCCUGUCUUGCCCUCGACAAGACGUGUGCAUGAGCAGGUUGCCGCAACACUGCCCAGCAUUACACUCGCCUACACGACUACUGUCCUUACACCCUACCUGGUCGCUAACCAACAUGUGUUUACCCUCAAGGUGGGGUUUGCAUGCACGCCGAUGCACCACCAGCCGUUCCCCGCUCUACAGCACUAG